AUGAACACAUCACCAAUCUACUUUUGGCGGGAAACGGGGCAUGAAGGCUACCUCUCCCAAUGGUGGACCUCCAACCCCUUCACCCAAUCUCCCUCUCCCUCUUCAUCCUCGUCUUCGACCCCCUCCACACCCAUAACAUUCAAAACAGCAGAACACUACAUGAUGCACGCCAAAGCCCUCCUCUUCACCGACCCCGCCGUCGCCCUAUCCAUCCUCAAAGCAGACCACCCGCGCAAAGUCAAAGCCCUCGGCCGCAAAGUGCGCAACUUCAACGAAGCGCUGUGGAACGAGAACAGAGAGCGCAUCGUCCGCGAGGGCAAUCUCCUGAAGUUCCGGUCCGCGCCAGAGUUGCGGAAGAAGUUGCUGGCGACGGGGGAUAGGGAGCUGGUGGAGGCGAGUCCGAUGGAUCGGAUCUGGGGGAUCGGGUUCUCGCCGGAUAAGGCACCGGGUUCGGAUCGGGGACGGUGGGGGUUGAAUUUGCUGGGUAAGAUUUUGAUGGAGGUUCGGACGGCGUUGAGAGAGGAGGCAGAGGUGGAGGAGGAGAGGAAGGGGAGGAAGAGGGAAGUUGUCGAGGCUGAAGCGAAGAGGAGGCGGAGUUCUGAAGAAAGGGAAGGGAGCCAAGUUGUAGACGAAGGGGCUGUUAAGAAGUCGAGACGAGGAGAGAAAGAUGCAGGAUCCUUCAAGACGGCAAAUGACACGGCUGAAGGGGGAUAG